AUGGCACCCACCGAGGAAUCCAUCCUGAGCAAGUUCCUGCUGUCCCCGGCUCCAUUGCCGACAGUGCUCUCUCUCCAAAAAUUCACAGAACUCUUCCCCAAACGUCUCCGGGGCCAUCCGCACAUCCGGACCCUGUACCGGGAACUACAGCAAGUGCGUGAACAUGAUCUGGACCGGGUGAACGAGAACAUCGACCACGAGCUCCAGCAAGGGGAGCGGCAAAAGGCCGAGCUACGCAAAGCCAUGCUUGCCGAAGGCGUGGAGGCCGCUAAUGCGGACGAGCAGCGUGAGAUCGAUAUGGAUAUUCAACUCUUUGGCCAGAAUUCAAGUGAUCAAGAACGGUUUCAUUCCACUGCGAGUCUUCUAGAUGAGAUGGAGGCGGCCUGUGCCAACAUUGAGCGUGAGAUUGCCGAUGUGGACGGCGAGGCUGCGGGCCUUUUGACGGAGUUACAGACGACUGUUGGGAAUAUGAGUGAUCUGCGCUAUGGCAAGCUGCAAGGGCUGGCUGGUAUGGAGAGCAAUAUUGGCGAGGAGGCGAUUCGGGGGCUGGAGCAUUUGGAGGAUGCUUGUUACCGAGGGAUGGCGGGGACAAGCAAGUAA